AUGAGUCUUUCCGUGAAUUUCAACAAACAUUCUCAAGCACUUUCGUCAGCUUAUAAAGAAGUUAGAGAUGGUGAUAUAGAUAAAUGGGUAAUUUAUAGUUAUGAAAAAGGAGGAAAUAAUGAUCUAAAGGUUUUGAACACCGGAGAUAGAGGACUUGAUGAAUUACAAGAGGAAUUUGAUGAUGGCAAAAUUCAAUAUGCAUAUGUGAAAGUAAAGGAUCCCAACACGGAAUUAGCUAAGAUUGUGCUUAUUGGUUGGUGUGGUGAUGGUGUACCGGAAGCGAAAAAAGGAUUUUUUAAUUCACAUUUGAAUGAAGUUUCCGAAUUUUUAAAGGGGUAUCAUCUCAAAAUAAAUGCUAGGUCUGAGAGUGAUAUUGAUCCAUCAUAUAUAAUGAAGCGUAUCGAUGAAAGUGGUGGAUCUAAAUAUUCUAUUAAUAUUAAUAAGAAUGCUCCCCCACCAAAGCCAGAGCCUAUUUUACCAGUGAGAUCAGUAUAUCAACCUGAAAAAAUACCAAAUAUUACUGAAUUGCAACGAAAGGCCCCUCGAGAGAGAAUCGAGCCUGUGAGAUCAGUUUACGAACCUAUUAAAGUACCAAAUAUGAAUGAAUUGAGGCGAAGCGCCCCUCAAGAGAAAGUCGAACCAUUGAAAUCAUCGUAUCAACCUGUUCAGGUUCCAGAUAUAAGUGAAUUACAACGAAGUGCACUUCAAGAAAAAAUUGAACCUGUUCGCUCCACAUAUCAACCUGUUCAAGUACCAGAUAUAAGUGAAUUACAACGAAGUGCACCUCAAGAAAAAAUUGAACCUGUCCGCUCCACAUAUCAACCUGUUCAGAUACCAAAUAUAACUGAAUUACAACGAAGUGCACCUCAAGAAAAAAUUGAACCUGUCCGCUCCACAUAUCAACCUGUACAACCUCCAAAACCAAAACCAAUUAAUAGUGCACGUUUGGCGUUUUUAAAUGCAGGAAAAGAAACAGAGCCACCUGCUUCAGAAUAUCGACGAGAUCGUGAGGAUCGUGAAAAAGCUGAACGUGAGAAAGCAAAACGCGAAGAACAAGAACGCUUGCGACAGGAACGUGAAAAUGCUGAACAGGAUAGAGCUGAACAAGAACAAUUGGAAUUGGAAAGAGCUGAACAACAGUCUAGGAAAGCAAGAGAAGAACAAGGAAGAUUAGAAAAAGAACGUACAGAAAAGGAAAGAUUAAGGCGACAAAAAGAGGAAGAAGAGGAACGCUUGAGACUAGAAGAGGAGGAGCUACUUCGCCAGCAAGAAUUGGAAAAUGCCGAGAUUUCUGGAACUACAGAAUCCAAGACCUUUUCAGCACGUGUUCUUUACCCUUAUGAUGCUGCCGAGGAUAACGAAAUGUCGUUAAUGGAAGGUGAAAUAAUUGUAGAAAUCACCCAAGUAGAUGAAGGAUGGUGGCAAGGCGAAAGUAAAGAUGGUUCUCGCGCUGGGUUAUUCCCCGCCCUUUAUGAUUAUGAUGCCGGUGAAGAUAAUGAAAUUUCAUUUAGGGAAGAUGAUAUUAUUACUGAAAUUGAUUUCGUAUCGGAUGAUUGGUGGCAGGGUACAACAUCAGAUGGUGCAGUCGGACUUUUCCCAGCUAACUAUGUGGAGUUGAUUUGA